AUGAGUACUAGACGGAUUAAGGUUCGCAAAAGUGUUCGUCUCGCAAAGAUAGAAAAUCAGAAUAAUCGACAAGUGACUUUCUCAAAAUGCCGAAAUGGUGUCUUCAAGAAAGCAAACGAGCUUGUUGUUAUGACUGGUGCUGAAGUUGGCAUCAUCGUGUGUCCACAAGGUAGCAAGCCUUACUCUUUUGGUCAUCCAAAUGUAAAUGAAACCAUCAACAAAUAUGUUGGCGAAGAAAGGCCUUCAUCACCAUCAGGCAUUGAUGACAACAAACUCAAGCAAAUGAAUAAGAAUGUGGAGAGCCAACAAGAGUGGUUCAAGGGUCCUAUAGAGAAGAUGAACUACACUGAGGCUUCAAUGUUGAAGGAGGGAUUGGAAGAUCUGCUCUUGAAGCUGAAGAACUACGGUACUGAGCGUGGUUAUGGUUACGAAAAUGGAAAGUGGAAGGCUGAAUAA